UAUUUAAAUGCCAACAAAGUCGCGCAAGAUCAUUCAUGCGUCAUUAGUUUCAAAAACUCUUGUCCCGCAACCGGAAAUCGUGGGCUCUUCCAAUCUGUCUCAGUUUGGAAAUGUUUCCUACCAAAGUGAGUUUCCAGCCCAAGAGUGUCGAUUCUGGCCACAGUCACAUUGAAGGUGCGGCCAAAACUCUGCAGAAGCCUGGAAUCCCCGGCGUCGAUCCUGCCAUGUUAACCGUCCAGUGUUUCCCGUUCUAUUCGGUCCUGCUGGCCGUUGGGCGAACUCAAAUCGAUUUCUUCAGUCUCGACGUCGAAGGACACGAACUGAAAAUCCUCAAAACAAUUCCCUGGCACAAAGUUGACAUUAAGUCAUUGACAGUGGAAUGGGAUAACAUCCCCGAGGGCCAGGAGGCCUUGACCGGUUUCAUGGAGGAAAGUGGCUUCAUCAAGAUGGGCGCAAUCAAAUGGACCAGAGACAUCAUCUUCAUUCCAAAAUUUAAUCAGUAAUGUCCAAUUGAAAUAAGCCUUUCAAAAGUAGCCUAAUAUUAGACGGUUAUAUUAUAAUGGCAUGUAACAAUUUGCUGUUUCCCUAUUGUUAGAAAAUAACAAACGAACCGUGUCCUAUUCGCUGUUACGAUAAUGUCAUUUAAUUGAAGUGCAGCACUGCAAAGUCUGCAGACGACCUAAAUGAAAAUUCAAAAGGUAGCAGACGACACGACUCACGAAUCACGCAGUGGCAACGCGGGAUUACGCGUCACUAAAAAUAAUUUGUUUAAAAAAAAAUCACCGAAAAAUCACUCAGCCUAAAUGUUCAAAUGUAGCAGCAGAGGUUCGUCGAUUAUACAAAAGACAGCGGUAACGGGAAAAAAUUUCAAUGAACCUACAAAACAGCUUGAAGAAAAAUAAUCGCAUUUUCUCCUUCUGUUAGCCUAGAUUACAGCGUUGAAUGAGCAAUGUAAUUGGUAUGAGCUUUUCACACGAAAUAGAUACAAAUCCGUGAAAGUUGACCGACUUUCUGCGCUGUUUCACCAAGUUAGUCACGUUCCCGACGCUACAGAACGUACACAACAACAUGCU